GCUUACCAAAAAUUAGCCAAAUCAGGAAAAUUGGUUCAAAUCGAAAAAGAACCUGCCUUCUAUUUGUAGGUAGCCAACCUGGAAAAUCCAUGGAAGUUUGGCAAUGGACGCCCACAUGGAAUUGUAAAGCCUUUUCAUAUAUUUUGAGCAUUUCAAAGCAUCCAAUUAAUACCUACAAUCCGGGCGAAGUAUCCUCCCCUCCAUGGCUGCUUCCUACUCAGGCAUUUCCCAAUCCUCUGAUUCUCUUUCCUCCAUUUUCACUAUCCUCCAUCACCGCCAUCUUUUUUUCAACCUUUCCUCCACUGGGUUUUGCAUGCCCUAGUAAGCUAGCUAGGGUUUUCUCAAUUGAGUCGCAUGCAUGUCUUUGACCGUCGAAGGUGUAUUGCAUUUUUUCUUUAGAUUUAGACAAGAGAGGGAAAGAUAGAUAAAGAUGUUGCAUAGAGCAGCAAGCAAUGCAUAUUCAUGGUGGUGGGCAAGCCACGUAAGGACAAAACAGUCAAAAUGGCUGGAAGAAAACCUCCAAGAUAUGGAGGAGAAGGUGACUAUCACACUCAAAAUCGUUGAUGAUGAUGGGGACUCCUUUGCACAGAGAGCAGAGAUGUAUUACAGGAAAAGGCCAGAGCUGAUAAACUUCAUUGAAGACUCAUUUCGAGCGUAUCGAGCUUUAGCAGAGAGAUAUGAUAGCCUUUCACGCGAGCUUCAAAGUGCCAACCGCACCAUUGCAACAGUUUUUCCAGAAAGAGUUCAGUAUGCAAUGGCUGAUGAUGAAGAAGAAAAUUCUUCUGAAACAUCUACUUCUUCUGGUGGUCCCAACAAACCCACCGAAGGUUCUCCAUCCGACUCCAAAUCUACCAUCCCAAAAGUCCCGAAGAUUCCGAAGAAGGAUUUCAGAAGCCCAUCCAGGUUGACGUCAAGGAAGGGGUAUGAACCACUUAAAAGAAUGGCUAGCUCUGCUAAGACUGCCGCUAUUCCAAUUUCAGGGCUGAACAAAACAGAGGCACUCCAAGAAAUUGAUAAGCUUCAGAAAGGAAUUUUGGCACUGCAAACGGAAAAGGAGUUUGUUAAAUGCAUGUAUGAGCAUGGAUAUCAAAAGUACUGGGAUAUUGAGAAUCAAAUCACUGAAAUGCAAAAAAAAGUUAGCAGUUUACAAGAUGAGUUUGGAAUUGGGACAAUAAUUGAAGAUAACGAAGCUCGAACAUUGAUGGCGGCCACUGCUAUGAAAUCAUGCCAAGAGACUUUGGUUAAGUUGCAAGAGAAGCAAGGGCAAUCAGAGGAAGAGACAAGAGUAGAGAACCGAAGAAUCAACGAAGCCCACGAAAAGUUUGAGACCAUCAAAGAUGAAUUUCUUUCGAAACACAAACGAACAGAGGAAUUCGAGUUGCUGGAUGGAGAGAUUUCCAGCAAAGCACUGGAAAAACAUGAACACGAUUGCGAAAUGUUAAGGAAGACGAUUAUGGAACAGCUUGAAAUGAAUUCUUCAAACUCUCCCAUCACUGUGACAGAAAUGGCAGAGAAAAUUGAUGAACUGGUAAACAAAGUUGUUAUUCUGGAAACUUCAGUAUCUUCUCAGUCUUCUCUGGUAAAAAGAUUAAGAUCAGAAACAGAUGAAUUGCACGCCCACAUUCGAAGCCUGGAGGAGGAGAAGGAGACUCUGAUGGAAAGUUCAGAACGUAUGAGCAAGAAGCUACAAGAGUUGGAGGAAGAGUUGCGGAGGGUGAAAAUUCUCAACCGCAACGUUGAAGAUGAAAAUAACAACCUCCGAACACAUUUUACAGAAGCCAGUUGUAAUCUUGAUCAUCUUUCUGACAAAUUGCAGACUGUGAAGCAGGAUGAGGAGGUUGAUGAGCAUAGAAGACUGUUCCAGAAAGUAAGAGCAGUUCCUGAUCAUGCUAAACCAGACAUGGAGUCUGGAGAAGAUAAAAGCAAGCAUGCUUCUGAUGAUGAAUAUUCAGUCUCGAAAGAAGUCAUAAAGAAGGAAGAGGAAGAGAAGAAAGAUGAGGAAAGCUUCGGUCUUAUGAGUGAAAAAUCUCAUGAACCAAUUCAUAACCAGGAAGAAGAAGAAGAAGAAGAAGGGAAGGAAGAAUUAUCUGAGAUGGUAGACAAUGAUGUUGAUGGAAAGCAACAGGAACUGGAAGAAGAGAAAGAAGAAGAAAAUCAACCAAACUGGAGGCAAAUGUUCCUCAAAGGAUUAGAGGAUAGAGAAAAGAUUCUGCUGGAGGAGUAUACCUCUGUUCUUCAGGAUUACAAGGAAGUAAGGAAGAAGCUGAGUGAAGUAGAAAACAAGAACAGAGAUGGCAUAUUUGAAUUGGCAAUGCAAGUAAGAGAUCUAAAGCAUCAUAUCGCUACAAAGGACGAGGAAAUCAAAUGCUUACAACACAAAGCCAACUUCCAGCAAGCAUCAAAUCCAGAUGAAAGUCCAUCUGCUUGUUCUACAGAAUAUAAAUACGCGAAUCUUGAACCCCAAUCAGCUCAUUCACCAUACCAUCAUGGGAGUCCAUCUCUAAAUUUGGAUGAGUCCAUUUACCAGGCUGGUGAACAUGAAAAGUUCACAGUAUCACCGCCAAUGAAGGAUCAGAAAAUAACCAAGAAAAAGCGGAUUCCUAAGUCCCAUACUGUUUCAACAAUUGAAGAAAGAUUACGUUCGAACAUCGAUGAACUGCUGGAGGAGAACCUCGAAUUCUGGCUGAGGUUCAGCACGUCAGUUCAUCAAAUACAGAAGUUCCAGACUUCCAUCGAUGAUUUAGAGUCUGAGUUCUCCCUACUGAUGAAUAAAAGGAAGGAAGAAGGAGGAACAAGCUCCAAACAGCACUCACUACAAUCAGAUGCCCGGCCUAUAUACAGACACCUGAGAGAGAUCAAAACCGAACUUUCAUUAUGGUUGGAACACAAUGCAGUACUGAAAGAUGAACUGGAAGAUAGAUUCUCAUCCUUGUGUAACAUCCAAGAUGAGAUAUCAAGAAUUUCCGAUGCAAGUUCAAAACUAGAGAAGAUAGAGCUCAGUGACUACCAGGCAGCAAAGUUUCAAGGUGAGGUCCGCAAUAUGAAACAGGAGAACAACAAGGUUGUAGAAGAACUGCAAGUUGGUCUCAAUCGUGUUAAAGCUCUCAAAGUUCAAGUUGAGAAGACACUGUCAAGAAUGGAUGUGGAACUCGGAAUUUCCCCGCUGAAAAACAGCCACCCCACUAUGAAACAGGCGGCCAAUCGGGUCCGGAUUCCAUUGAGGUCUUUCUUGUUUGGUGUCAAGUUGAAACGGCAAAAGCCAUCAAUCUUUUCAUGUGUCAGUCCUGCAGUAAAUAAACACAGUAAUCUACCAGCAAGCGCAAUACCACCAUCAUAGAUCGGCAUUUUUUCUCUACCUGCUCCACGUGUGUUUUAGUUUUAUGCUGUUGAAGAUAAUAGACUCAGAUACAGAGAUUUCGAUGUUGUUCUGUCAUCUUGGUUUGUGAUCCAAGAUAAAUUUGCUUAUACAUGUCCUUUCAAAAUUAGUACUUGAUAAUUAAGCUAAAAUCAGUUCUCACUC